AUGAAUACCAAUUCACAGAUUGCUAGUAAUUGUUUUAGUGGGGAUUCUGAUCACUUGGAUGCUAUCAGUUGGUUGAAUCUUUGUUCUGGGAAACUAUCAAAGACAGUGUUUGAUCAGUUGUUGUUUUUUCUUUGGGGAAUUUGGAAAGAAAGGAAUGCAAGAGUGUGGGAAAAUAAAAUCACUUCAGCUUGUGAUAUCGCUCUCAUAGCAUCUAUCAGACUGAGUAAUUUCAUUUUUCACAAUACGAAGCCACAAAGUACUCAUGGGGCUAGAAAAAUUUUGAAGUGGAAAUGUCCUCCUCUAGGUUGGUUGAAGGCGAAUAUUGAUGGAGCUUACAAUCCUGUGUCUGGCAGGGCAGCUAUUGGAUUCUUGGUUAGAGAUUCUCAGGGGAUGUUUUUGGGAGCAGUUGGGAAGGUGGUGACUCAUGUUCAAUCUGUUGAACAUGUUGAACUCAUUGCUUGUAGGGAGGCAGUGGAUUAUGUGUUAGAACAUGGGCUUUUUCCUAUGUUGUUGGAGACUGAUUGUUUGGUUUUGAAACAACAAUUGUGUCAAGAGGAGCUGCAGAAUUCUUCGAAUCUUGGAAGGUUAUAUGAGGAUCUCAGACUAGAUUUAGAUGCAGGGCAUUAA